AAUAAUAAUCAGAAUCACAAUAUCAUAGAUCUUAGGGUUCUGGUCUUGUGAGACAAAGAAGCACUAUACAGCAGCAAUAAUUCAACUGCAUAGCCAACUUUCUAAUCAAUAUUACUUGGAAUCUCUUUAUAGGGAGAAAUGUUCCAUAAGGGGCCACUACAAAUAAGAUAUGGGAAUCCCAAAGGCCUACAAAUCCUACACAACUGAUGACACAGGAAACAGGGUGAUAAGUUACACAAAGACCUGUCACUUUAUGUACAGAAAAGAGGCACAGAGUAUAAGUGAGGACUAAGAGUGAGGACUUGACCUGUGUACUCCAAGAGCAAAACAAAACAAACAAAGAAAAUCCAAAAAAAAAGAGCAAUGUGGAGAUAAUGAGAUUGAUAUAUAAGCCAAGAACUGUAAGAGGAACAAGAAUGACCAUGAUGUUGACAGCAUUUACCAAGUAUUGCACAGCAUAUUUCAUAAUAUUACUUACUGCUAUCAAUGGUCAAGUCUUUUACAGCUUUGAAAAUGGAACUUGUGCUGAUGAACUUCCAAGUUUCUGCAUUUGCAAUCCACUACAGAUAGUGUGUGACUGCAAAGGAGCUAAUGUGGUGUUUGGAAAAGAAUUUACCAGGCAACAGAGAUUUAUUACCAUGCAAAACUGUCAUCGUCUAUCAAUCAAGCAAAAAAGUUUCUUGAGCAAUGGCCCCUUUGAGGUUGUCCUCAAAAACAUUAGUGAUAUCCGCUUAAUGCCUGAAUCCUUUGCCCUGGAUGUAUUUCGGGAGCCAAGAAUAAACCUCACAGUCGAGAGCUCAUAUCUCCACAACCUACCCACAAAUGGAUUUAUAGGCUCAGAUGUUGAGUCUCGUGUCCUAACAGGAUUAAAGAAAAGGAAACCUCCACAAAUGAUCUUUAAUGUUGAUAAAUGUGUGAUUGACAAAAUAGACCAAGGGGCUUUUGGAGAUUUCACACUGCAAGAUUUCUUUAUUUCUAAUUCAGAAGUGAAAAUGGUUAGCAAAAAUGGCAUCAAUAACCAAUUUUCAGGAAAAUUCAAAAUAACCAAUUCAACACUUGCGUUGGAGGAAAAUGCAAUCAUACUUAAAGAAACUCCAGGAGAUGAUGGAUUACUAAUAAAAAACAAUACUUUUAAAAUUGCUGCACCCUCUUUUCUGCUGGGGAGCAUUAGGAAAGAUGUUUACAUUGUAAACAACACCUUCCCUCCCCUGGCUAAGUCACCCUUCAACCUGAGGGUAGAAGGCCAGGUGCUCCUCAGGUCCAAUACCUUUGCUAACAUCCCAGAGAAUGGUCUGAGAUUCCAGGUCAAAGACAGGAUCAGUAUUGUGGACAACAUUAUUUAUCACCUCCAAGGCAAUGCAUUUCAGCUGAUUGCACCCACAGAUGGAAAGACGUUUAUUUUUCUUGAUGGGAACAUCAUCAAACAGCAUGAUCCAAGGUCACUCUGUAUCAGUAAGCUGUUUAAUGAAGACUUUGUGGUCAUCAAGCACAACAUAUUUCAACAGCAAUGUUCUUGCAAUAUUACUACAGAUAUCUCCAAUAGUUUGGGCUUUGAAGAGGUUAUACUAGAGGAACUCAACCAAGACAGAAUUCAUCAGCAGUGGCUCCAGCAGGGCGAGUGCCUCAAAGAGGCUGGUGGCACAGACCGCCUCCGCAUUGAAUAUUUCCUGGUGCAAUUCUGCUUCAGGAACAACAGGUUGAUGAAUGUGAUGCUUAUUCUCUUUGCUGUCCUUCUCAUUGUUAUUUCCACCUGUGUCAUUGUGGCCUGGCGGAGAAUCAGGCAGAGGAACUUGGCCUCUCACCCAGGGUCUGACUACCAAUCGUUCAGUGCUCCAGCACCCUCCAGCACAGGUCAAGGUGCUUGGGCAAUGGUUCAGCCAGAUCCCAAGAGAUACCAAGAAACAGAAAUACAUAUUGUCUUUGACAAUGCCCAAGAGAUGAAAGACUUUGGCAGAUGUUCUCAAUACAGUGAUGGAAAUGUUUCCACCAGGAGAUUAAAAAGCAUUAAAAGUCAAGACAAUAAGCAUGACAGCAGCACCUAUGACACGAGGGUUGCAGAGAGACAAGAUGAUGGAACUCAAGAAAGCAGCAGAAGAGAAAAGGAUAGCAAAAUCACUGACAGCACAGAGGUGAAACAAGACCAAUAUUUGCGCCAAUCUUGCCCAGCCCUAACUCUCCCUGAUUAAUUGACAGCUGUAAUAAACUGUUCUGGGAUUGACUGCACUGACCAGUUACAUUGCAUGGUAAACAUCUAUAUAUUUUUUUUCUGUUUGUAAGGUGUCUCUAAAAUCCUUACAUAGAUGAUGAAUAAAAAAAACAAUAACUUGUU